AUCGCCCAUGCCGUGACCAGGAUCGGUUGAGCAACACGGUUGCAGUGUGAUGGGGUCGGGGCCGGGGUUGACGCUUUGACAGCCGUAAUAAAGGAGAUAGAGAGAAAUAGAGCAGGCGAGCUCCAGCAUACUGCAAACCAUGUUCGCCAAAGGGAAAGGCGCCGCCGUGCCCUCGGACGGGCAAGCUCGGGAAAAACUAGCUUUAUAUGUAUACGAAUAUUUGCUUCACGUAGGGGCGCAGAAGUCGGCACAGACAUUUUUAUCAGAGAUACGAUGGGAGAAAAACAUCACGUUAGGGGAGCCCCCGGGAUUUCUGCAUUCGUGGUGGUGCGUUUUUUGGGACCUAUACUGUGCAGCGCCGGAGAGACGAGAGACAUGUGAACACUCGAGUGAAGCGAAAGCCUUCCACGAUUAUAGUGCCGCCGCAGCCCCCAGCCCAGUGCUGGGAAACAUUCCCCCCAGCGAUGGCAUGCCCGGCGGACCCAUCCCCCCAGGAUUCUUUCAGGGCCCCCCUGGCUCCCAGCCCUCCCCCCACGCUCAGCCUCCACCUCACAACCCUAACAACAUGAUGGGGCCCCACAGCCAGCCUUUCAUGUCUCCACGGUACGCGGGCGGCCCACGACCCCCCAUCAGAAUGGGAAACCAGCCUCCUGGGGGGGUCCCGGGGGGCCAGCCCCUGCUGCCCAACACAAUGGACCAUGCACGGCAACAAGGGCACCCCAACUUAGGAGGACCAAUGCAAAGAAUGAACCCCCCGCGAGGGAUGGGCCCCAUGGGACCGGGACCCCAGUCUGAUCCUUGGUUAUCAUUGCAGAACUAUGGCGGCGGAAUGAGACCUCCACCCAACUCAAUAGGGCCCGGCAUGCCUGGGAUGACCAUGGGCCCUGGGGCUGGUCGUCCAUGGCCCAACCCCAACAAUGCUAACUCGAUCCCCUAUUCAUCGUCCUCUCCUGGCACAUAUGUGGGUCCACCUGGAGGAGGAGGCCCCCCUGGCACACCCAUCAUGCCCAGUCCAGCAGAUUCUACUAACUCCAGUGACAACCUCUACACAAUGAUCAACACUGUACCACCGGGAGGCAACAGAUCAAACUUUCCCAUGGGCCCUGGCUCUGACGGCCCCAUGGGGGGUAUGGGCGGGAUGGAGCCACACCACAUGAACGGGUCGUUAGGGUCAGGGGACAUAGACGGACUUCCCAAGAAUUCUCCCAACAACUUAAGUGGCAUUAGUAAUCCACCCGGGACCCCACGGGACGACGGGGAACUUGGGGGUAACUUCCUGCACUCCUUCCAGAACGAGAACUACUCCCCUACCAUGACGAUGAGUGUGUGAUUCCUCCCCCUCCCCCACCCAGGACAAGACUCACUCAGACGUACUCCGCAAGAUUCAAGAGCGUAUGCAAGAAGCUGCCAAACACUUCGGCAAGGACCCGGGGAGACAGCCUGAGUUUACUUUCAUGCAAUAAUACGAUGAAGCUGAUGGUAGUGCUGAAGAUGACGGUGGUGGUGGCGCUGGAUUGUGAUGAGAUGGACAGCAAUGAAAUUCAAAUGGCUGGACUUUUUAUGUUCCAGUUAAAAGAAAAAAAAAUGAGUACAUAAAAAAACAAAUAAAAACGUUAAGGAAAUUCCCUGAAACUCCCCCUCCCUCUGGCCACCCAAGACAUUACAAAACCAGCUUCUGGAAGGAUUGGAUACAUACAUGAUGCAUUUCCUAUUUUGGUUCAGUAAUUUGUGUUUUUUUUUUAUCCUGUGAUUUGAAAAGAAAGAAAAUGGAAAAAAUAAAUUUUAAAAAUGUGAAGUUGACUUUGCUUUCACCCUCAAACUUUGGUGGGGCUCCCCACAUUUGGAUGCUAGAAUAGCAGAAUGGCAGAAAACAAUCAGUUUCAUUUAAACUGGAAUCUGAACAGCAUAUACACACACUGUGGACUCGAUUUCAUUUAAAGAUGUACUGUACAGCAAAUUUUUCACAUUUUUCCCCCACAAAUGAUGCUGUCAUCAAGCUACAGUGUCACAACUUUUCAACCCUGUUUUUUUUUUCUCCAUGGAACUCUUAGAAAAUGCCUUGGACGUGGUGAAAGUUUGUAUUACUUUUUAAGCGCUGUUUUAAGCUAAACUGACACAUCAUUUGGUUUGGACCCAAUGUGGGAGAAGUCUGCUUCAAAAGGCUUUGCUUUUGUUAAGUGUAAGUGGAUUUUUUUCCGUUUUUGUUUUGUGCAUCUCCUCAAGACGUGGACUCUUUUUGUGACUUGCCCGCAAGACUAAAUUCACUUCGGCGAAAAUAAGGGAUCCGUAGGUAAGGACAAAGAGAUGGAGAAGGACUCGUUUCAUACAAACAAACCGCACUGCUCAGUGUACCUCAAAGAUGCAUUCAAGGAAUUUCAAGGAAUCAAUGACAGUUCUGUAUUGACCCGGUGCGUUAAAAUGUUAUACGACAAGCUUGGUAAGGAAGAUAGGAAGAACGUGUUUAUUUCCGCGCUGCGUUUCGUGUCCCCUUUUUUUAUUAUUUAAAAAAUGUUUCCGACUGCUAUUCCGCAGGGGCGCUGUGUUUGCAAAUAACGGCGGGUCUUUGGUCAGUGUGUGGCAAGGAAGGCGCGGGAAAAUGACGCAUACACCGUCGCGCCAUCGCCUCGCGCGAAAACCGAGGUCUAUGUACAGCACACUACCUGUAGAUGGACUUUUGUAAAAGCCCACUUCUAUUGAAAAGUGUAUCAUGUAAUGUAUAAAAUAUUACCUGCCUGGGCAUAACUUUGUGCUGGUUAUUGAACAUUGUAGCUGUUUCAGUGUUUCUUACCUUGUAGUCUGGUUAUAAUGAGAGAAAAAAAGUAAUUAUACACUGUAGUUUGUGUUCAAUAUUUGUUUAAUGUUUAUCAAGGAAUGUUAUUUUUUCCACCUUCCUGCAAUUACCUUCCCCAUUUUAAUUUUUUUAUGUAACGUUUGAUGCAGAUUUGUAUCAAUUUCUUUCUGCACUUACAAGUAUGUCAUACUUUUAGAACAGUGAACUAUUUAAAUAUAUUUUAUGGGUCUGCUAUAAUUGUGCAGACCUGUGGCUUAUAGUAGGUUUCCAAAAGUAUGGCAGUCUUUGUAAGUGCAGAAAGAAUAGAUAAUGCAAGAAUUUGUUUUAGUUGUAUUGCUGUAAAUGUUUGGUCCUCUGGAUGAAUUGUUUUCCCUUAUUUUACUCUUAAAGCAAUGGGGGGAGAAAAAGGAUCAUUUAGAACCAUAAUUUCUACAAUAACUAAAUUAUUUUUCUUCCUGAGUAUGGUAUGGAAUAUGAACGAUCCCGUUGUUUUUUCCCCACCCCCUCUCCAUACUGUAAUAAAUAUUAACAUGGAAAUGGA